AUGACAGAACUCUCCCAACCCCGACGAAUCCCCCGACUCAGUCCCAAACCCCUAUCCGACGCAGAACGGUGGCAAGCCAUUGCCACUCGUGACACCACAGCCAACACCUUCGUCUACGCCGUCCUCACUACUAAAAUUUACUGCCGCCCCUCGUGUCCAGCACGACUAGCCCGACGCGCCAAUGUACAAUUCUACGAUACCCUAUCGCAAGCCGAAGCAGCAGGCUUUCGGCCCUGCAAGCGCUGCCGUCCGCAUUCGGGCCAGACGGCGGCUCAAAGCAACCCCCAAACAGCCAUGGUUGAGAAAGCCUGCACGUCAAUCCGGAGCAUUCUGAUAACAGGGCUGAAACCAAAACUCAGAGAUCUGGCGGGGCAGGCUGGGUUGACACCCAGUCAUUUUCAUCGUGUGUUUAAGAAACAUGUCGGCGUUACGCCCGGGCAAUAUAUAGAAAGCCUUGGGCAGAGCAACCUGCAUUCACCGUCCUCGGCGUCCGAUGCUUCAAGAAUCGAAACACCGCGCUUGGGCUCGGAGCAGGGGAGUGGUGAGAUCUCAAAUUUCGAUAGGGCCGGUGAGAAGGCUGGUCCGGGGGCUGGGGUUGAUUUCCCGGGGGUUAUGGGUGCCUGGAAUGAGUUUGACGCUUUGCUAGCUUCGGAACAGGAGGAUCCGUGGAGGCCUGACUCGUUAUUCAUCGACCCUCGCAUGAUUUUGGCGAGUGAUGUUUUGAUGCGACCGCAUGAUUGA